AUGUCAUUCAAAAGAUUAUCCACACUAUGGACGCGUGAAGUUCGCGCUUCCAACCUGUGUCUAUCCAAAAAUGCCAAUCGCAUCUCAACUCUGGCAUCAACCACCACACCCCGGCAAUCCCCAGUGAACUCGAUCCUCGCCAGAUCAUAUUCCUCAAAAGUCUCCAACAUAACCAGGAACUUCCGACGACCCGGAAAUGCCGCCGAGACCUACGUCGCAUAUGGCAUGACCCAGAAGCUAUUCGAGGCCUGUUCCAGCCAAGCCGACUACAAGAUCCCUCAAGCGUCGCAAAAGGGAGUCGAAGUCCCAAAGACGGAAGCCGGGGAAGAUCUCGGCGUCGGUGAGAGCUGGUGGUACACAGAGCUCGGUCUUAAGCCUACGUUCGCUACUUGGUCUCAGGUUACUUUGCUGCACAUGUACCUGUUGACUGUUCGUCUUCGUGCCCUGCCGUACCGCGAUAGCGUCACUACGUACUCUCGUCACUUGAUCGAUCACUUCUCGCAUGAAGCAGAGCACCGCAUGGAUGUGUACCAUGAUUUGGGAAGUCGGACUAUUCGCAACAAAUACUUGAAGGAUCUAUUCAUUCAGUGGCGUGGAAUUAUCGCCGCGUACGAUGAGGGAUUGGCCAAGGGCGAUGCGGUGCUGGGCGCUGCCGUCUGGAGGAAUUUGUGGAAGGGAAGCGAGACCGGUCCGGAUGGCGAGGAAAUUGACUGGGCUAAGGUUGCUCAAGUCGUUGUCUACAUGCGUCGGAAUCUGGCGGAGCUGGCUAAGAAGGAAGAGGUGGACCUUGUGUUUGCGCUUGGAGACAAGGAAGACGCCGGUAUCUUCAGACACUCUGAGACCGACAAGAAGAUUGUCGCAAGCAAGUAA